UUUGGGAAACCCCGCUCUGUGGCGUCUCAGAUUCAAGACGACGAAGCCAAGGCACCAUCAAGCUGGUCAACAUUUCUAUUUGCCAUGCCCAGCGGUCGGCCAUGAAUGAGCCCGUCAGUCCGUUCUUCCUCCCUCAGAAAACACCACUUCCUGCUCCUUAACAUCCCUUUGCAGUAUUGGGGGCAGAGAAAGGAAGGGCUUCACGAAGGGUCCCCCAAUAAAAGGGGGCCCGCUAUGGCGCUGGGGACCCCUCAAAAGCGAAGUCCCUCCUCCCAACAGGGGCGGCGCGUGGGUCCUCCUCGCGCCCUUUUACCUCAGGCGCUUUCCCGCCGCCUGAGGCGAGGCGCGAGGGAGAGAGCGCGAGCCUUCCCGCCGCGCCAACGGCGACUCACCGCCUCUCCUCAGCUGGCCCCGGGGAGUCCCGGGAGGCCAGGGCCGCGCUUGCCCCCAGCGCUCUCGGCUCCUCGGCCGCCGCCGCCGCACGGGAAACCGGGGUGAAAGAAAAUCUCAGGACUUGCUUCAGAGAAAAAAAAGUCUCCUGAGAAAUUUUGGCUCGGCUCCAGUUUUCACGCAAAGAAGAAAACCUAUCUCUCUCACUGCUAUUAAUUAGAUUUGACCUCUCUUUAAGAACA